UUGGAAUAUAUUACCAAAGGGAUUACAACUUAAGGGAGGCGAUCUGCAAAUGCAAUUGAGGGAAUAUCUUCUGGUGCUGGGAAACCAUUAGAUUUGUCUUCUUUCUUCAGUUUCCUCUAUUUUUUACCUUCUCUUUAUAAACUUGAGCAGACUUGUUUCUAAUGGCUAACAUAUUAGCUAAAACAUUUGGCUCUAUUGUAUCUGCCAUCGCUUACUGUUUCUUUGGCUAUCGAGACGACGACAACAACAAAAGCGCCAUCAACAUCAAUUACUGCAACAUGCCUAAGGCUAAGGGUCGACCACUUUCUUUGCAGACCGUGGACCUCAAAGUCAAGAUGUGCUGCACCGGUUGCGAGAGAGUAGUCAAAAACGCCAUUUACAAGCUUAGAGGGAUCGAUUCGGUUGAAGUGGACGUAGAAAUGGAGAAGGUAACGGUGACCGGUUAUGUCGAUCGGAAUAAGGUGUUGAAACAAGUGAGGAGGGUAGGGAAGAGAGCUGAGUUCUGGCCGUACCCUAAUCCUCCUUUGUACUUCACCACAACCGCCGAAUACUUCAAAGACACGACCAACGAGUUCAGGGAGAGUUACAACUAUUACAGGCAUGGGUACAACCUCGGACACAGGCAUGGUAACAUUCCUGUUACUAUUCGGGGAGACGAAAAAGUCAGUAACUUGUUCAACGAUGACAAUUUCAAUGCCUGCUCUCUCAUGUAAAAUAGAAAUUAAAUCGGUAUACCAUCCAUUCACCGUGAUGAUCGUGCAUGUAAAAUGUUAUUUGCAGAAUGAGUCCUCCGGUGUGA